AAAAAAAAACCAUUGUUCACAAUGGGUUUGUGUCUCUGUCGCCUGGAAAAGCUGUUUUUUUUGAAAAAAAAAGUGAAAGUUUGCUUUUUCCGUUACAUUCAUACAUAAAUUAAUAAGCGUCUGUUAAAAAAUGUCUGGUCAAUUAUAUACACAUGCUGAUGUUGCUCAACAUAAUAAGAGAGACGAUCUCUGGAUGAUCGUUGAUAAAAAAGUAUAUAAUGUGACCAAGUUUAUAGAUGAGCAUCCUGGUGGUGAUGAACUCUUACUUGAUGAAGGUGCCAAAGAUGCUACCCAAGCAUUUGAAGAUGUUGGUCAUACUAAUGAUGCCCGAGAGAUUCUUGAACGUUAUUAUAUUGGCGAUCUUGAUCCUACAUCCACACCUGUUGCUGUGCAGUCACCCAACGGAUCACCUGCCAAACAAGCUAAGGGCAAUCCUCUCCGUGUCAUUAUUCCCGUCGUUUUCUUUAUUGGUUACUUCUACUGGCGUUUCUUUAUUCUUAAUGCUAAUGCCACCAAGCAAUAGUCGCUUUCAUUUUGUUCGAUUUUUUAUUUCUGUAGAUUAUGUUAUUACGCAAACA